GUUUUUCGUUGUAUAGCCCUGACGUUAAAAUUGACAACUCUGCGUACCAAUUAAAAAUGGCCAGGUACGGCUGGAGUAACGAGUUCGAAUUUUUAUUUCAUUGCAUGAUUCCAUCGGUUGGAAUUAACGGUCUCUGGAGGUAUCCUUACGCACUUUACACAGGCGGAGGCGGAUCGUUUUGGUGCGCCUAUCUAAUUGUGGCAGCCACAAUUGGAGUACCGUUAUUGUACCUCAAAUUGGCACGUGGACAAUUUGCGAGCAAAGCCAAUGUGCAUCUCUUUUCGCAGUUUGGAUAUGGCUAUACAGGUGUGGCAGCGUCUGAGACUUACACUGCGUUUUGCGCAGUUAUCUACUAUUCGGUGAUCUUGGCCUAUAUAUUGAUAUAUAUUGGCAAUUCGCUAACUCACUGGACUCUCCCUUGGAGUACGUGCGAUGCGGAAGAUGUCCAGUGUGUUCCGGCCAAAUCCAUUGUCUACACUAACCCAUACAAAAACUACUCGGUUAGCACGGAAAUAUUUUUUAAAAAAAUGGUACUACCCGACAGCAUUUUUCCCAGGUGGGAGUUAUGUGCAUGCCUACUAGUGUCAGCGUGUUUGAUUAAUUUCCUAGCAAAUUCCCAUGUUAGAGUAGGCAAACUCGUUCAUGUCGCGAUACUGUUCCCGAUGAUCUGUAAGCUUGUAUUGUGUGGACUGGCUUGGUCUCUCAGGGGCGGAUCGGAAGGAAUCAAUUACUUUCUCUCCCAUGACCUCUCGAAUUUGAAACAAGUGGAUGUAUGGGCCAACGCAGUUGCGCAGUGCUUUUUCUCGCUAAGCUUCGGAUUUGGAACGGUUUCCGCGUGUGCCGCUCGAAGUUCCUUCCACUUCAAUGCUAAAAGAGUUGCCGUAAUGGUUGUUGCAUUGGAUUGCUUAUUCUGUGCUCUGGUUGGUGCCGCAGUAUUCGGAAUACUAGGUCACCUAUCGUACGCGUUGAAAGUUAACAUAAGUGAUCUUUUCGAAGGGCGCGAUAUUAAUCUUGCCUUUGUCUUGUACCCAAUAGCCAUAAAUCAGUUCCAUUAUUUCAUACCUAUACUGAGUUUGAUUUUGUUCACUACAUUUUAUACGCUAUGCCUAUUAUGCGUAAUAAAACUUAACAACGUACUCGUCAUGUUUGUAUCUUACUGGUAUCCGGACCUUUUGCACUGGCGGGUUGUGCUCAUGUGCACCGUGGGAUGCUUUUUGCUACAAUUACUGUUUAUAACAUCGGUGGGAACGCAUCUCAUAGAGCUAAUCGAUAAAGAUUGCAUGAUCGUGAUAACUUUAUUUACCAAUAUAUGCGAGUUAUUGGCUUUGACUUACGGAUAUGGAAUCGAAAGUGUUUGCCUAGACCUCCAGUACAUGCAGAAAACUAAAGUUGGUGUUUACUGGCGGAUGAUGUGGGCGAUUGCAAUUCCAAUCAUUUUAAUAUUGGUUUUCUACUACCUUUCGUUUGCGAAACACAGUUUAGUCUGCGAUCAUAGUGCACCUUACCAUGGUGUGCGGUAUUUCAUAGUUUUUAUUGGAAUUAUGCAGAUUCCAAGCUGGACUGCCUAUUAUUGCUACAAGUCAAAACAUAUGACUUCCGUUCAGAUGGUACAUGUAGUACUCCGUGGUGAUAACUUUGGGCCCGAUGACCCCGAGCUUUAUGAAGCUUGGACGAUAUUCAAAGACGAAGAACUUCGUAGAGGGGAAUCUCAAGGAUUUACUCGCUUUAUUAAAUUCCUGUUUGGCAAAUGAAUCACACGCUAUUAUUGUUACAGAGUAACUUCGCACCUCGGUAAAGAAAGUUUGCUUCUAUUACAAUGUGAUCGCAUGUGCAAUUUUCUGGAGAUAUCCUUGAAUUUAGGAAUGACACGCGUAUCUAAGCUUUGAAUUUACCAGUUAUACAGUAUUGUUUCUACUCGAUCCAAAGGCGUUGUUCUGAUGCCUGAAAGUAAAUAUAUUGUUGUGUAAACAGCCUCAUGUAGAAGUUAUUUCGGUUUAAACACCUAAAAUAAUGGCGGGAUACCUUGUUUAUGAUAAGUUUUUCAAUUUAGUAAAGUA